CGCUCGCGGGGCAGCCUCGGGCGGUCGGGGCGCGGCGGCCGGGUUGCAGGGGGGCUAGCGCCGUGCGCCGCCAUGGCCGGGGCCCUGGCCUCCCGCAUGAGCUUCAGCUCGCUCAAGAGGAAGCAGCCCAAGACCUUCACGGUGCGCAUCGCCACCAUGGACGCCGAGAUGGAGUUCAGCUGCGAGAUGAAGUGGAAAGGCAAGGACCUGUUUGACCUGGUGUGCCGCACGCUGGGGCUCCGGGAGACCUGGUUCUUCGGGCUGCAGUACACCAUCAAGGACACCGUGGCCUGGCUCAAGAUGGACAAGAAGGUGCUGGAUCAUGACGUCUCCAAGGAAGAGCCGGUCACCUUCCACUUCCUGGCCAAGUUUUACCCCGAGAACGCGGAGGAGGAGCUGGUGCAGGAGGUCACGCAGCACCUGCUCUUUCUGCAGGUGAAGAAGCAAAUCCUGGAGGAAAAGAUCUACUGCCCUCCUGACGUGUCCGUGCUCCUGGCUUCUUAUGCCGUGCAGGCCCAGUACGGUGACUACGACCCUUCUAUGCACAAGCGGGGAUUUCUGGCCCAAGAAGAACUGCUUCCCAAGAGGGUGGACAAUCUGUACAGGAUGACCCCGGAGAUGUGGGAGGAGAGGAUCACAGCCUCAUAUGCGGAGCACCGGGGCUGCGCCAGGGACGAGGCGGAGAUGGAGUACCUGAAGAUCGCGCAGGACCUGGAGAUGUACGGUGUCAACUACUUUGCCAUCCGGAACAAGAAGGGCACGGAGCUGCUGCUCGGGGUGUACGCGCUGGGCCUGCACAUCUACGACCCCGACAACAGGAUGACCCCCAAGAUCUCCUUCCCGUGGAACGAGAUCCGAAACAUCUCCUACAGUGACAAGGAGUUCACUAUUAAACCACUGGAUAAGAAAAUCGAUGUCUUCAAAUUUAACUCCUCAAAGCUCCGUGUAAAUAAACUGAUCCUCCAGCUGUGUAUUGGGAACCACGACCUUUUCAUGCGGAGGAGGAAGGCCGACUCCCUGGAGGUCCAGCAGAUGAAAGCCCAGGCCAGGGAGGAGAAGGCUCGGAAACAGAUGGAGCGGCAGCGUCUGGCGUGGGAGAAGCAGAUGCGGGAGGAGGCAGAGCGCACGCGAGACGAGCUGGAGUGGAGGCUGCUGCAGAUGAAGGAGGAGGCCAUGAUGGCCAACGAGGCACUGAUGCGGGCAGAGGAGACGGCCGACCUGCUGGCAGAGAAGGCCCAGAUCACGGAGGAGGAGGCCAAGCUCCUGGCGCAGAAGGCGGCGGAGGCCGAGCAGGAGAUGCAGCGCAUCAAGGCCACGGCCAUCCUCAUGGAGGAGGAGAAGCGCCUGAUGGAGCAGAAGGUGCUGGAGGCCGAGAUGGAGGUGCUAGCCCUGAAGAUUGCGGAGGAGUCCGAGAGGAGGAACAAGGAGGCAGAUCAGCUGAAGCAGGACCUGCAGGAAGCCCGAGAAGCAGAGCGGAGGGCCAAGCAGAAGCUUCUGGAAAUCACCACCAAGCCCACGUACCCGCCCAUGAACCCCAUCCCAACCCCGCUACCUCCCGACAUCCCCAGCUUCGGCCUCCUGGGCGACAGCCUGUCCUUCGACUUCAAGGACACAGACAUGAAGCAGCUGUCCAUGGAGCUUGAGAAAGUGAAGUAGGUGGUCCUUCCCCUCCCCUCCCC